AUUCACUUUUCUUUGCUGCUGGCCAGCACCUUUUUUCUCUCUUUUCUAUUCUCCUAAUUUUCUUCUCUUUCUUUGUAUAAUGCGUCCAUCAUUCACUCUCUCUUUUGUUUUGGCUUUGGCACUGGUUGUCUUGACCAUUUCUGAUUCUCUCGUUUCCGCCGUUCCUGUACCGGGUAAAAUUUACCGUGGCUCUAACACACCUAGACCUGUUUCUGGUGGCUUCCGCACGCAAGAUGCGUUAACGAAACCAGGCAAAAAUCCAUCUGAUCCACUAAAAGCCGCCGAUCCUAAAUUCAAGAAAGACGAUCAAGGCAACAAUCUAAAAGAUUCAAAAGGGAACAAUAUAAACGAUAAAGUUCAAGGUGAUACAAACAUUCCUGCACAACAAGGUACUUGUGUUGGACUUUCGUGCAAUACAGACCCAGCAAAAGCCUCCAAAGGUAAAACACAUUGGAUCGAUACAGAUGAUCCGGCAACACAACAAAAAUUGAAGGAUGCAAAUUUGGUAGCAACUCCUGACGGUGAUCAGCCUGGUAGGGACCCUGGCCAUGUCAGUAUUCAAUCCACAAAAGACAUGCCCGCCAAAGAACUGCAAGACGGUAUCAACGGCCUUGGCUGGAAGCCGACAGAAAAGAAAAGACGAGCUACCUGGUAA